GCCGGUGAAUCAGCCACCAACACGACAUUUUUUUCAAAGAGAACCGCCUAAGAGCGGCCCAUUCUGACAGUUGAUACUGUUUCAUUUGCACUGGAGGUACAAUGGCCAACGGGUGGAGUGUCAUCAUCGGCUUGGUGAUAUGCGUCGCCCUGGGUAUAGCAGGAUGGUCAUUCGCGCCCAAGGGUGAGAACCAAGUGCUCUGGCGCUCCUCCAUCAUCCUCUCCAUCGCCAGCUGCUACCUCAUGUGGGCGAUCACGUUUCUCGCUCAACUUCACCCGCUUAUCGAGCCGAGGCGGUCGGAUCUACGCGCGGAGUACAUCCACCACUAGGUGUGAGAACGCGACACGGGGAGGGGGAGACGGACGGCGAACAGCGGGCACUAUGCUCAACUGCUGUUGUACGAAUACCUACGGCAUUCCAUACAGAUUCUGGACGGCGUUUGGGGCGCGGGGCAGGCAACAUUGCGCGAUUGGAUUUUCACACGCAAACACACACACACACACACACACACACACACACACACAUACACGCACGGAUUUGGGGCAAAUCGGGACUGUCGGGGACUGUAUAUCCAGCAGGGGGCCUCCUGGCAAGGGCGGGCUAAUACAGAGCAGAAGUUGCAUUACU